UAACGCCAGUGACAUGGAUGAUUCAGAAAAUUCCUAUAUCUUUGUCAAUGGGAGUGACAGUACGAGUGAUGAUCCUGGUGCUAAUAAACUCGACACUGAUGUGCCUGCUGCCUCGGUUGAAACCGAGGUUGUAGAGGAUUCUACUGUAAGUGGGGAUUUAAACAAGUCCAUUGAAGAGGAGAGUCACAGUUCUCUUCAAGGGAUUGGGGUCUUCCUCUCGACUAGUGAGGGUGAGGUUUUUGAGGAUUGUUUGGCUGGGAAAGAAAACGUGGAUGGAACGCAAGUUGCUUCUAAUGAUUCAGUAGAGAAUCAAAUCGAAGCUGUUGAGUCACAAAAAUAUGAGUGUAUUGUUGAGUCCAAACCACAGACCUCUCAGGGUCAGAUUGAUUUGAGGUCCUCAUCUGUGACCGACUCCAGAGAUGCCAACCAAGUAACUAAGGAAAUUAUUCUAGAUUCAGUUGUUGACCUAGUUAAUUUAGAUUCGGCCACUAAGCAAAAUAAUAUAGAUUUGACCGUAGAUCAACAUAAUUCAGAUUCAGAUUUGACCGUAGAUCAACAUAAUUCAGAUUCAACCGUCGGUGUAGAAAAUGCAGAUUCAGUCACUGAACAAAAUAAAUUAGGUUUGACAAACAAUAUAGAUUUGACAAUUAUCACUGUGUAGGGCCAUAACAAUCAGCACGUGGUUGAGGAUUCUGCAGAAUGUGACCCUGAUAAA